AUGACGGCUUCUUCUGGUGGUCUCCACCAAGAAAUCGAUUUCUGCGUUCAGGAAAUGGAAAAGCUUCGAGUCGCAGAGCUUAAGGCUGUCUCGCGUGCCAUAGGGCUUUCCCUGAGCGGAAGGAAAGCAGACCUGCAGGACCGAAUACGGGCGUAUUUGAAGAACUCUUUCAGGCUUGGGUCAAUCGACCCUUGGCGACCAAAAGCCAUUUUAGUAUUAAUAGACAAGGCAAAGCUCAGCGAUCCUUUACCCACUUACGAGUCUGUGUGGCAAAGCCUGCGGACAGGUGCCUUCCGCCACCCAGUAGCCACUGGUCACCAGCCCCCCAGUGCAUUAAACCCUAGCGCUAUAGAGGUUCACAAGCCACCGCCUGUACCUAGGGCCCCGAAAACCAGGUUGGCGCUACAAUUCGGUGAGUCUCCUUUUUACAAGCUUCGACGAAUGCUUAAUGGCUCGCCCAAGCUUGCGGCUAAAAACAAUGGAAGAGGUGUUUGCAUUUACAGGUUUCUUCUGAAUCAGGAAGAAUCUUCAAUCCUUGGGAAGGGCCCACAAUUCAAGCUCUACCUCUUUAGUGGAAUUUUAGAUCCAUUGGAAAAUCGUGGAGAUGCACCUAUUCAAUUCCCUCAUCCCAAUGAAAUACGAUUUAAUGACGUCCAAGUCAAGGACAAUGUCCGUGGUCUGAAGAACAAACCUGGAACUGCGAAACCCGCAGAUUUGACUCCCUACCUGAGGCCCUCCGGAUCAGAAAACGUUUUGCAACUAAUCUAUGCUUUCACCAAAAGUGACUACCUGAUGUACUGCUAUUUGGUAGAAGUGAUCUCGCCCGAAAAGAUAUUACAAGAAGUUCUUCGGCAUCCUAAAAUUGUCAAGCCAGCAACUCUGCAAUAUUUGAAGGAAACCCUAAGUGAAGAUGAAGACGAGGACUUAGUCACGACUUCGACAGUUAUGACUCUGCAAUGUCCAAUAUCGUAUUGCCGGAUGCGUUAUCCGUCUAAGUCCGUUUAUUGCCAGCACCUGCAGUGCUUUGAUUCACUGUGGUUCAUUGAAUCACAACAACAAAUUCCAACUUGGCAUUGCCCAGUAUGUCAAAAGAAGAUCAAAAUUGAAGACCUAGCAUUAUGUGAAUUUGUUGAAGAAAUUAUACAGCAAUGUGAUGAAGAAGUUGAGCAAGUCGAAAUUUCUAGAGACGGCACAUGGAAGCCUGUAUUUGAAGAUGAUCCUCCUGCACCUCAGCAACAUUCGGCUACUGAAGUUAAACUGGAAAACGGCCACAGCUUAGAAGGCAUUGUAAGGCCGGGUUCGGAAGACAGCGAUGAAGAACCAAUUUCGUCAAGACGCCGGAAUUUGCCACAAAAUGAGCCUGUUGUUAUUUCUCUGGAUAGCGACGAUGAAGAGGAAGAAGCUCCGAAAGCGGCGCCUCAGCCCCCAGGGGAAAACCAAACCCCCUCGCAACCAGGACAAGAGUUGCAGGAGCGACCUGGCGGAAGAACAGCCCCCAGCAACUCGACGCUACCACACGAAAACACUUUGGCAAACAUUUACGGAACCUACAUGGACAUAAAUUCUGGGCACGAGCCCCAAAGAAGCUUAGAUCCGAAAAAUGCAAACACAACACCGUCAUCGGCGCGAUUCAACUUUAAUCACGGCACUCCUAACAAUUCUGAGACCCCUAAUAGCUCACCGUUCAUCCAGCCGCACCAUCAAAUUCCAAAUCUGCUUGGAAAAACACCUUUAAACAAUAAUGUAAAUGAAUCUUACACUUCAGGGCAUGAGCAAGGGCAGAAAUCACCGAGUCCUACAGUCUCGGUACAGCAAAGUUCAUCAAGGGUACAUCCUUCAUUCGGCGAAGUCAACGUUCCAUUGUUAAAUGCGCAUAACCAAGGCCCCAACAUUCAAUCUGGCCACACUCCUGUACGCCGCCACAGCGAAAACACUUCAGCAUAUGGACAGGAAGUCCGGCUAACUUACAGACCGUCAAGCUUUGCCAACAACACGCUCCCCCCGCCAUGGCAAGAUGUGCGUGGGCAGCAGAGCUUGUUAGGACUUGGUGGAGAUACUAGUCAAAUACAUCGCGAAGCAAGAAGGAGUAGUACGGGUUCUUAUAAUGGCGAAAACUCUUUGGAAGGGGUUCAAGACCACAGCCGGUCCCCGCCUCUUGUCGCUCGCCAACCGGUAAUUAAUGGUGCCCCAAUCCAUAACUCUCCACAUAGUGAAAGAGGCGCGACGAGUUCUGCCCCGCCAUUUUCGAAACCUCCAGCACCAGCUGCAUUGGCUUCAACAGGGCCAUUAAUAUCAUCUCCUAGAAGCCAAGGCCAGCCACCCCCGCUUCCGCCUGUUCCGCAAUCUAUCAACAGGGCAGAGUCCGGGCAAAAGCCCGCUUCGGCAUCUAAUGCGCGCUAUAGAAAACCAAUUGUUUCUCCCUUCAUACCGAAAAAGCCAUACGUCAAUAUGCUUCCGCAAAAGAGACAAAUCUCAAGUACCUCUAUCAACAAGGUCGCACCUACCGGGCAUAAUGCUCAUAGUUCACAAACAAGGCAGCCUCAGCUGGAGAACGAGGGAGUGUCUGUAUCAGCGACCUCACCUCCACCUCUACUAGCGCAGUCUAUGGCCAAUGAGCUGGACUUCAUUGACCUGACUUCCGACGAAUAA